AUGGAGGUUGAGACUUGCAGUGGUGCGUGCGAGAUGCUGCGCGACCAUCUGCAGAACAGCCAGGAGAUAAACGCUGGAAUUGCUGAGCUUCGCAGCAAGUUGGACUUUGUGAUCAAGGCUUUGCAGUCGACGACAAGGAAGAGGUCCCAGGCCUUCUCCCUGAAGCACGCACGCAAGCUGAGCAGCGGCGCUCGCUGCAAACGUAGGAAGCAUGGAGGCAUUGGAGGCAUUGUGCUGGAAGAGUGCCCGUUGAAGACGGACAGCGAGCCGUCACAGAUCGAGCCUUGCACACCGCAGCGGCGCCAGGGGCGAGUUGAUGAUGAAAACGGGACUUGGCAUGAACUUCGGCAUGAGGAUGGCCCUUUUGAUUGCCAUAAUGUCGACAAGUCCCAGGGGCGCAUUCCAGCUGACAGCACGCCGGAGAAGGUGGCCAAACCUUUGCCCAGCUGGCCCCAGGACAGGUUCUCUGACGGAUGCUGUGCUGAGCACUACAAUUUGGAGGAGGACUCGCAGGCGGUGGGCACUCCGCAUCACGACAUCGAGGAGGAGUAUUCCAUGGCCUGGCAGGCUGAGAUGGCUAAUGGCGCCGCGGUGGAAGCCAGCGCCACGGAGGAGCUCACGAGCGACCCGUUCCCAGCUUUGUCUGAUUUUUCUGGAUGGAUUCUGGACUGGCUCUCGGUGGGAGACAUCAAAAACCUCCGCGAGACCUCCGGGAUUGUGGUGAGCAACCAGGUCUUGCUUCAGCACAUUCUGGACACCAGCAGCUGGCACAGGCCUUCUUUGGCCCUUUCCUUCGCAGAGAUCAAGGAGCAGCAGGAAUGCCAUCGCCGUCGUCCAGACCGCUACGACGAAGAGUUGCAUGACAACAAGAUCUUUUGCUGUCAAAUCUGGGUCCUGUUGCUGGCCGGCUACAGAACAGAGACACGCUUCCCGCAGUCUGAGGUUGUCACGAGGUUUCAUUCAUUGAUACCGGCAGUUGCCAUGCACUGUUAUGAUCUUGACCCCAAAUUGUGUCAAGCGGGCCACUCAAUUCUGGAGUCGCUCGCGCUGCAGAACACAUCUUAUAUCCACCGUUUGAUUUCAGAUUGCAUGAUAGAGCUUGUGGAGUCCAUGCCGGAGGCAGCCAGUGAUCUUCUUUCUAGCACGUGGAUCCGCAAAAAGCGAGCCUGUGAGCACUUGACACGGACAGCGGCUUCCUUGCGACCUCAGCAGCGACAGCGGUGGAUGUCACGGCUGCAGCAGAUUAUCACCACGGAGCAUGUGAUUGGGCACCAGGUAUCCAUGAUUGAGCUUCUACAUCACCUUUGGACGGUUGAUGCGGCGCCUUUUAUGACUUACAAGGACAAUGCUCGUGUCCUUGCCCGUUGGAGCACUACAGCGGCACCGCCAGCGUCAGCUGCUCUUCGCCAGGUGAACGUAGGCCUUUGCCCCAGGCCAUCACCUGUCCAGUCGGCGCCAAACGAGGCCGACUGA